AUGGAAGGAUCACCUGCGGAGGAUUCAAGUCAGGAAGGAGCUGUCGAGGAAGGAGCUGUCGAGGAAGGAGCUGUCGAGGAAGGAGCUGUCGAGGCAGGAGCUAUCAAGGAAGGAGCAGUUGAGGAAGGAGCACUUGAGGAAGAAGCACUUGAGGAAGAAGCACUUGAGGAAGAAGCACUUGAGGAAGAAGCACUUGAGGAAGAAGCACUUGAGGAAGAAGCACUUGAGGAAGAAGCACUUGAGGAAGAAGCACUUGAGGAAGGAGCACAUAGAAGAAGAGCACACAGGGAAAGAGCAAACCGGAAAGGAUCCCUGGGGGAAGGAGCUCUCGAAGCGGCAACACUGGAGGAAAGAACGCCCAAGGAAGAAGCUGUCGAGGAAGGAGCACUUCGGACGCCGGAUGACACGAGGUCGUAUACGAGACCGGAUGACCAAGCACCGAUGGGAUGUACCCGGAGCCGGCUGACUCAAGUAUCCGCGUGA